GUAUCUGACUCACAGCUUAUCUUCCACACGGCAGUCACGUGGCACAGUCACGUGAUCGUGAUGUCACCAAGGUCCUUACAGAAGAUAGGAAGUAGGCGCUACCUUUCUGUAAAAGAUUUGAAACCUGCUAAGAAACUGCAGCGAACAGGUAUAAGUGAAUUAUCGACAUGUCGUGGAUACGAGAUAAAGAAUUGUCUUUGAUUGAACGUCUGUGCGCGAAUGUACUCAAGGCUGGUCCAAUACCUAAGCAUGUUGCUUUCAUUAUGGAUGGGAACCGACGCUAUGCCAAGAAGUGCCAUGUAGAAAGACAGGAGGGACACUCACAAGGUUUUGAAAAACUUGCUGAGACCCUGCGCUGGUGUUUAAACUUGGGGAUAUGCGAAGUGACAGUGUAUGCAUUCAGCAUUGAGAACUUUAAGCGUUCAGCUGAGGAAGUGGAGGGUCUGCUGGAGCUGGCUCGUCAAAAAUUUACCCGUCUAUUGGAGGAGAAGGAUAAGUUGGAAAAACAUGGAGUACGUAUCAGAGUGCUUGGUGAUUUGACCUUACUUCCCCUGGACAUUCAGAAGCUGAUAGCACAAGCAGUACUGGAGACCAGAGCCUACUCUAAGUGUUUCCUAAAUGUUUGCUUUGCUUAUACAUCACGACAUGAGAUCACUAAUGCUAUACGAGAGGCAGCCUGGGGAGUUCAGGAGGGACUGCUGGAUCCAAGGGAUGUAACAGAGUCUCUUUUGGACCAGUGUUUGUAUACUGCUAAAUCUCCAGAACCAGACCUUCUAAUCCGUACAUCUGGAGAGGUUCGUCUGAGUGAUUUCCUUCUGUGGCAGACAUCCUAUUCCUGCUUGGUAUUUCAAUCUGUACUGUGGCCAGAGUAUACAUUUUGGAACCUUUGUGAAGCUAUUUUGCGUUACCAAUAUAACUACAGUAACAUCCAGAAGGCCAAGGAGAUACAUCAUCAACAGAGAGCAAGGCUUCAGCUAGAAAGCGACCGAUCCUGGGUGCAGGAUAAUCUAUGCAAUAAAGAGUACUCUACUGCAGAAGAAGACCUAAUUCUCUUCCAAAAGCUACUGCAGAAAUGUAAAGCUGGGAGGGAGAAAAGGACACAGACUUUUAUAUGUGCACUUGAGAAGAAAAGAACUGAUUUCCUUCAAGCGCUCUGUGAAUCUUAACAGGGAAGUGGCUAGAGAGCGUUGGGCUUAGAACACUGCAUUUAUACAGUAUAUGUUUGUGUUCUACCCUGGACUUACCCACAUCUCACAUCUGAUGUGCAUAGUCCAUUGCACUAAUAGGCCACAGGUUCAUAAGCCUGUCCCAAACCACUGGUUGAGAUUAAGCUCCACUUAAAGGAAAACUAUACCCCCAAAAUGAAUACUUAAGCAACAGAUAGUUUAUAUCAAAUUGAAUGACAUAUUAAAGAAUCUUACCAAACUGGAAUAUAUAUUUACAUAAAUAUUGCCCUUUUACAUCUCUUGCCUUGAACCACCAUUUCGUGACUCUAUCUGUGCUGCCUCAGAGAUCACCUGACCAGAAAUACUACAACACUAACUGUAACAGGAAGAAGUGAGGAAGCAAAAGGCAGAAUUCUGUCUGUUAAUUGGCUCAUGUGACCUUACAUGUGGUUUGUAUGUGUGCACAGUAAAUCUUAUGAUCUCAGGGGGCGGCCCUUAUUUUUUAAAAUGGCAAUUUUCUAUUUAUGAUUACCCAAUGGCACAUACUAUUAAAAAUGUAUAUUAUUAUGAUAAUGGUUCAUUCAAUGAAGCAGGGUUUUACACAUGAGCUGUUUUACUCAGUAUCUUUUAAUAGAGACCUACAUUGUUUGGGGGGUAUAGUUUUCCUUUAAAACGCCAACUGUUGGUCACAGCCUAUCUUAUAUUUAACUAUAUCUGUACUCAUUUCAUGGUAUAAGUUGUUUAUUCAGUCAUAGUUAUAAGAAUAGGAAAGACCGCAAAUAUACAGUAUAUCAUCCAAACUCUCACCUUAAUUUAUCUUCAUGCUGGGCUCUCAGGUGUAUCUAGAAGAUCGAAUGGUUAUUCUUGGCCUUCAGGCUGAGCUCCCAUUUCUGCAAGGCCUGACCUGGGGGGGGGUAGCCUCAGAGUAUCAGGGCAACUGCCUUAGACAGGUCAACAAAAAUUUGAAAUAACUCUGUGUCAAACAAACAAGCAUUUUAUUUAUAUAUGGUUGACAUCUCUUUAAGCCUCAUGGCUGUAACACAUGCAUUCUCUUAUCUAUGCUGGAGCUGGGUUGUUACAGACUUACUUUCAUAGUGAAGCAGACAUUUUUUAGUAUAAUAAAGCUAUGAAAAAUA